AUGUAUCAAUCGGAUUAUCAGCAGACUCGCCUUGAGAUUCUCGGCCAUUUGUCUUCCACCAAACGUGCAAUGUCAUCAUCAAGACUUCCCUGCGAACAUGAGAAUAAUAACAAUAACGACCCGCUACUACAGCUACGACAAGUGAAAAGGCUCACGCCGCCAGAAUACAAGUUACUGAAGCAUUAUAUCGAACACACGAGUCGAGAUCUUACAGUCGAUAAUCAAGAUCAAUAUGCUCUACAAAUCGGCAUUCCAAAUUUAGCAUUGGAGAGUCGACCUCUAAUGAAAUCGUUACUGGCGUUAUCGGCUGUAUGCAAAUGCUCAGAUAUCAUUAAUCAAGCGCUUUCGCCACGCAAUUGUCGCAAAAGGGUCUUGAGCCUUUUGAAUUUCGCAGAUCAAUAUCAUAUGGAGUCUUUGAGGGAGAUUCAAGCCACACUACCGAAGACAAAACAUUAUGAUCAUGUUCUGGCUAAUGCAGCCAUGAUGGGAAUGUACGGAUCAGGAAGUCACUGUGUUCGUAUUUGGCUUACUGAAACUGCGAGUAUUGAUGGGUUCUCUGUGGAUGAGAUUAGACCCAGAGGCGCUCAAUGGAUUAGUUUCUUUAGAGCUGCUCGGAUUGCGUAUGCUGGCCUUGUUGGUGGUAUACGUGAAUCUGGUAGUUUGACACGGACUCGAGAUUGUUCAGCCGCCACUACUUUAUCAGAUGCCCGGUCGAAGUUGUUUAACCAAUAUAGGCCCUCUGUGCCAACGACCUCACAGGGGAGUCCGUCUGCGCAUCCAUUAUAUCCGAUAUUUGCCGAAACUAUUCCAUCGGCGUUGGAAACGUUGAAUCGAAGGGCUAGAGGACUUAUGGAUCUUCUCUCUACCGACCUAAUAGAAGACCGCCAUAGACCUGAUAUCCAUGCUUGCUUUGCUGCGUUGCAAAUUUUCAACGACAUAGUUUCCGUGACCUUCGCUGUCAAAGCAACCAACUCAAUGUCACCGAGCAGCUUCAGUGAUGCUUUCAGCGAUGACUCUGGAAUCGAAUCAAUUAUUCAAAACCUCAAUGUCUCCCCUUGGAUAGGGCGGUAUACAGCAAAUAUAACUUCCAUGAUACCUUCAAAUUUACCUCGAAGAUUCAUCAUGGCGUUAAUCCACAAGGCUCCAUCGAGAUACUUGAGUCUUGUCGAGGAAAUGAUUGACAUUGUGCAAUCUGAUUCGGAUACGUCGCUGAAUAGCACAGCUCCUAAUGGGAGAUGGGGAUAUGGCAAGGCGGAGCCUAGCUUCGCGCAUCAGUUUGCUUUUGAUAUAUUCGCUCACUGGUUGGUCUUGGUAAUUUUGCUGGAAGAUGUGUGGUGGAUUGGUGGUAUUGGAGCUUGGGAGCUUGGACAGAUUGUCUCUUUUAAGAGGAGUUCACGAUCAAGUAUGGGAUUAUGGAGUCGUGAGGGGAAGUGGUGGCCGGAAAGCAUGUUUGAUAUUAGUCGUCAGUUUGAUAAGCAUAGUGUAUACGCUUAA